AUGAUUGGAACCAUCAACAAAGCCCCAGGAGGGCUUUCCAAAGCCAUUAUGACAUUACCGUGGACCGUGGCUAGGAAAGGAAACAUCAUCAAGUCCGAACUUCUCAAAGCUUUAAUUUUGAAGACCCCUAUCCGUGAGCCAGUCCUGCGAGCGAGCAGAGACUGGUCCAAUAAAAGGCUUCAGGAGCAGGUCAGCAAAGCCCUUGCAAAUGCAGAGUCCGCCGUCAUCCAGACAGUCGGUCGGGUCCCAACACAAAAGUGCAAACCGUGCUCCAAUGAUCUGGGUCCCUGGACACAAUGCGUUGUCAUUGAUGACAUGGGUCAUCUUAUCAAGGCUUGUGGAAACUGUCACUGGCGGAAGAAAGACACCCGUUGUGAUUUUUGCAAAUCCGUGCGUUCCCCAUCCUCACAGGGCGCAGAAAAAAAGGCGCUUCUUUUUGCUGCCCCUGCCGCUCCCAUCACACCCGCUACCCCAAUGGUAACUGCACAGCCUCUUGUGUUUGACGCCGAAAAAGAAGCUCUGUAUGAGCGCAAUCAUUUCCUUGAAGGGCAGGUUCGCCAUCUUGAGGCGCAGAUCCUUGUUCAUUGCUCCCACAUCCGCACUCUGGAAGCCAACCAAUUCCUCCUUGAAGACACUGGCCAAUUGAUUCGAACCGCGUCCCGAAAAAACCCCCGGUUCCUAGAAGGUGAACUCAAUGAUCUAGCAAUGAUUCUCCACAGCAACAGGAUGACUCUUACCAAGGACCGAAACUGCAUGGAUGUCUCUGACAAUGAGGAAUAG